UUUAAAGGAAGUCAAAUCGAGCAAUUUGGCACGUAGGCUUUAUCAGAAAUGGAAAAGUGGACGGAUGUCGGGCCGCUCCUGCAAGCGGCCCGAGCGGAUAUGAAGGUGGGACAAUUACUGGCAGGCGAGGCGUUUAGCCUUUUCGAGGCUAUGUCUGCGCUCGAGGCGGGCAACCCAAAGAUGGAUGCGGCGGCAUCGCCGGUUGCCGACCAGCCAAACCUGGAAACGCUCCUAGCCGAUCCCACAGCGGCCCCCUGGGAUCUCCCAACCCCAACACUCCUGGCGGUGCUUGAUCAGCUGCUUGCCAUGGAGGCCAGCUGGCACUGUGGUGGCAGCGCCAUGCAGACGGUGUACGCAUGCUUGUACAUGCUCAAGCUGAACCGGGUCCAGGAGUACAACACCCCAGCUGCUAGGGCCUUGUACGCCUACUGCCGUACACUUCAGCACGACUGCGCUGCAAUCCGAGACGUCGUCCUCUGCGGUGGUGUGUGCGAGGAGGAGGACAUCAACAUCUUCACCGCCGGCAUUCCCUUCGAGCCGCCCGUUGCGGGGCCCGAUGCCGCCCUCGACGCCCUGGAAGCCGCCAUAGCCCAGGCAACCGCCACUUCAGCAGCAGCUGCUGCUGCCCCUGCUAACGGCGACGGCGCCAGCAGCAGCUCCUCCUCCUCCUCCGAAACCACUGCUGCUGCUGCUGCUGCUGCUGGCAGCGAGCAGGAGCCGUUGGGUGCGCAGGUUGGCUGGCGGCUGCAGCUGCGGCGGGCCGUUCAUCUGGGCUUGCGGGCGGCCAUAGCGGCGGAGCCCAAGGCUGUGUACCGCGCCGCCUCGCACUUUGCCGAGGCUCGACAGCUACUGGGCUGCAUCCGUCAGUCCUCCGCCUCGGCUUCAAAGUCUGCCGCCCCCUCCUCAUCUACAUCCGCCUCCGCAUCAGCUCCCGCACCCGCCUCGGCUGCCGCUGCUGCUGCUCCCGCUCUCGCACCGGGGUUCCACCUGAAUGUGAAUCGGCACCUGCUGGGCCCUGCGCCGCCGCGGCAAGUGCAGGUCAAGUCGUUGGACGAGGCUUUGUCGUACAUGGAGCAGUUGAUGGACCACUUGCAGAUGGCGGUUACGGUUUCGGAGCAUGUGUUCAACUAUCGCUCGCUGCAGCUCUACUUGUGGCGCUUCGCCCGCAUGCGCCCCAGCUCCGUGGCUCGCUCGCUGCUGCACUCACUGCUGUUGCCGGAGAGGUGGCAGCCGAACCCGAAUGCAGCCCAGCAGCAGCAGCAGCAGGCAGCUGCACCGGCAGAAAGCAGCAGCAGCAGCAGCGCCAACAACAACAACGACACUAACCCCACCGCCGACAGCAGCCCCAGCUCCAACAACGAUGUGAAAGCCUCCGGCGGAUCAGGCGGUCGUGGCAAGGGUGGCAAGAAGAGCGGUGGCGGCCGGAGCGGCAGCAGCAGCAACAACAACAACAGGGCUGGCCAACAACAGUCUGGUGCUACCUCCUCCUCCUCCACACCCCAGCAGCAGCAGCAGCAGCCCGCAAGGACCACCCCAGCAUGGGUUCCCUCCAAGGAAAUGAUUGCAGAAGCCUGCCAGGUGCCGUACAAGGCAGGGUUGCCGGAGGAUUUGGAGCUCUUCUUUGAGCAGGCCACCAUUGCGGUUUCCAACGUCUGCCAGGCUCUCCUCAUGAAUCGCUGCCGCUGCCGGCGGCGGCUGCGGCGCUGUUUGGACGACUGGCUCAACAUGACACACCACGCGGCCAACGCGGAGGAGACUCCCGGGCUGCGGGAGCUCUGCAGGACGGCGGGCUGGAGGCGGGGGCGGCCGCAGCCGGGAGUGAGGGAGGAGGAGCUGGGUCCGCUGAGCAUGUGGGUGGAGUACUCCACCUGCUCCGCCAUGCUGCACCACCUGCUGCAGGGCUUCGAGCUGGAGGUGUACGAGCCGCUGGAGUACGACAUGAUUUACUGGUACGCCGACUACCUGUGCACAUGCAUGAUUAACGCCUUCUCCGCGAUCAUGGAGCGCUGCCCGCUGCCACAGCCGCCCAAGCUACCCAGCCCAGCCGCCCAGGCCGCAUCCGGUCCUGCAGGUGGCAGGGGGUUGGGGCGUGGCGGGCUGGGCGGCAGGGGGCCCAAGGGUGCGGGCGCUGCGGCUGCUGCUGCGGAGGCGGAGGCAGCUCGGGCGGCUGCGGUGGCGCGGUUUGAGAAGGAGCAGCAACUGUUGCGGUACGACAUCCUGGAGGUGGAGGCGCUCCAGCGGCUGUGUCAGGGCAUGCUGCGGCUCAUGGCGGGACUGCGGCUGGCCGGUUCAGUUCCCGAGCCCCGCACGCCGCUGCCCUUCAACUCCAAAGCACAGCGCUUCGACCAGCGCUUCGCCUCGUUCGGGGCGCUGCUGCGGCCGCCUCCCCUGUCGUACGAUGACUACCUCACCUCCAUGGACCCGGGCAGGAGCGAUGCGGCGCAGCUGCUGUCACUGGCCACUGCCUCCUUCAAGGAUGGUCGAGCCCGCUGCGCUGCACUCAAGGCCUUCGCGCCGUACCCUGAUCUGGCGGAGGGCUGGGUGCGGGGGCUGGAGCGGGUGGCGGGGGUGAACGCGGUGGUGGCGGGUGUGCUAGCGCACAAGCUGGGGAGCAGCAGCGGGGGGGAGGCAGCGGCGGCGGCGGCAGGGCAGCAGCAGCAGGUCAGCUGGCUCUGCGACUGGGCCCAGCACGCCUACUUCCCGGGCAUCACUCUGCCCAAGCCGACACCGGCGGCAGUACCAGCCCCUGCUGCAGCCGCGACCACCGCCGCAGCCGGCUCCUCUUAGAGGCCGGCCCACGGAGCCAACCUGGGCGGUGUGUGUGUCUUCUGACAGGCCAGCCGAGGAGGGCUGUUGGUGCACUGUGAAGGGUGAGGGAAGGAGGCGAAGGCAUAUGCAUGGCGGCUGGCCGGGCGCUUGAGCCGCGACCCUGCAUGAUGCCUGGUUAUGUACGCCGCUGUGCGGGGAUAGGAGGGGGAGUUCGCCCUGCUAGCAGGGUAGGUACGCGUGAGGGGCGGGGUGGGUAUGGUAUGCGAGGGUGUGUGGAACGUUAGGCGGUAUUAUGACUGGGGUAAAUGUGCCUAAAUGAAGAAUGAGCUGGGUUUGGGGCUAAUGGGGCUUAUGGUGAGCAGUGGGUCGAGGUGGGCAGCGAGGGCAGCAGGGCCGGUCGGAGGUCAUUUGGUGGGUGCUGUGCAGGGCGCGUUCAGCGGCGCAGCGGUAUGUGGUUCAAUGCGGCGGAGGGCGAGGACGAGCCGGGGAACAAGGGGAGGAGGUGACGUUACUGUGGUUUGUUUGGUUCCUUUGCUGUACCGGCGAGGUCGGACAUGGCAACUCAUGAGGUUGGGCUGCGGUGCCUACCACAAUCGGGC